GCCAGCCCCCGGGACACCGAGCUGAUCCCGGAGAAACGUCACUUCCGGGAGAGCGAUGAGGAGACUCAGACCAGCGGCCGGGGACCAAGCGGAGGAGACGAGGUAAAUCUGCUUCCAUGGAGCUUGGGACUUGGGAGCAUUGCUGCAUUGAGAACACAUCACACCUCUUGUUCCAUACUUGGUCUGAGCACAGAUAGCAUCUACUCUACUUCAAGGUGAGCCAUGAUUCCAGUGACAGAGCUGCGGUACUUUGCCGACACACAGCCAGCCUACAGAAUCCUCAAACCAUGGUGGGAUGUGUUCACAGACUACAUUUCCAUUGUCAUGCUUAUGAUAGCAGUGUUUGGAGGCACCUUACAGGUCACCCAGGAUAAGAUGAUUUGCCUUCCCUGUAAAUGGGUCACACAUGACAGCUGUAACGAUUCCUACCGGGCCUGGACACCUGCAGAACCUGAGUUUCCAAACACUACUCUGGUGCCUCCAGAAACACUAGGCCCCACAGGCAUAAAAUAUGACUUGGAUAGACAUCAGUACAACUAUGUGGAUGCUGUGUGCUAUGAAAACCGUCUACAUUGGUUUGCAAAAUAUUUCCCUUAUCUAGUGUUAUUGCACACUUUGAUCUUCCUGGCGUGUAGCAAUUUCUGGUUCAAGUUUCCUCGGACCAGCUCCAAGCUAGAACAUUUUGUCUCUAUCCUACUAAAAUGUUUCGACUCACCUUGGACUACUCGGGCUUUGUCGGAGACUGUGGUGGAGGAGAGUGAUCCCAAACCUUCAGGAGGAAAGAUGAAUGGUUCGGUUGACAAAAAGUCUUCUACAGCCAGUGAAGAUGUAGAAGCAACCGUGCCCAUGCUGCAGAGGAGCAAGUCCAGGGUGGAGCAAGGAAUUGUGGAUCGGUCAGAGACGGGAGUGCUUGAUAAGAAAGAGGGUGAGCAGGCCAAAGCCUUGUUUGAGAAGGUGAAAAAGUUUAGGACUCAUGUGGAAGAAGGCGAUAUAGUCUACAGGCUCUAUAUGCGGCAGACAAUCAUCAAAGUGAUCAAGUUUAUUCUGAUUCUUUGCUACACUGUGUACUAUGUUAGCAGCAUCACCUUCGAUGUGGAUUGUAAGGUGGACAUUGAGAGCCUCACUGGCUAUCGAAUGUACCGAUGUGCUCAUCCACUGGCCACCUUAUUUAAAAUCUUGGCCUCAUUCUACAUCAGCCUGGUGGGGUUUUACGGUCUAGUCUGUGUGUACACCCUCUGGUGGAUGCUAAGGCGAUCCUUGAAAAAGUAUUCCUUUGAAUCUAUUCGUGAAGAAAGCAGCUACAGCGACAUUCCAGAUGUCAAGAACGACUUUGCUUUCAUGCUGCACCUCAUAGAUCAGUAUGACCCACUUUACUCAAAACGUUUUGCUGUUUUUUUGUCUGAAGUCAGCGAGAACAAAUUGAGGCAACUCAACCUCAAUCACGAGUGGACACUGGACAAACUACGCCAACGCAUCACCAAAAAUUCUCAGGAGAAACUUGAGCUCCAUCUUUUCAUGCUUAGCGGGAUCCCGGACACUGUGUUUGACCUUGUGGAGCUGGAAGUGCUCAAGCUGGAACUCAUACCUGAUGUGACCAUCCCACCUAGCAUUGCCCAGCUCACAGGCUUGAAAGAACUCUGGUUAUACCACACAGCAGCUAAAAUUGAGUCUCCAGCCUUGGCUUUUCUCAGAGAGAAUCUCAAAUCUUUACACAUUAAGUUUACAGAUAUUAAGGAGAUUCCUUUAUGGAUCUAUAGUUUGAAAAACCUUGAGGAGUUGCACCUCACCGGAAACUUGAGCGCUGAAAACAAUCGAUAUAUAGUCAUUGAUGGUCUCCGUGAACUUAAGAGGUUGAAAGUGUUGAGGUUGAAGAGCAACCUUACUAAACUGCCCCAAGUGGUUACGGAUGUAGGCAUCCAUCUGCAGAAGCUUUCUGUAAACAAUGAAGGCACCAAACUGAUGGUUCUCAACAGUCUUAAGAAAAUGGUGAACCUAACGGAGCUGGAACUGGUGCGGUGUGACUUGGAGAGGAUCCCACACUCCAUUUUUAGCCUUCACAAUCUUCAGGAGAUUGAUUUGAAAGACAACAAUUUGAAAACUAUUGAGGAAAUCAUCAGCUUUCAGCACCUACAUAGACUCACCUGCUUAAAGCUCUGGUACAACCAUAUUGCCUAUAUACCCAUUCAGAUUGGCAAUCUGGCAAGCCUUGAGCGCCUGUAUCUUAACCGCAACAAAAUUGAUAAAAUACCACCACAGCUGUGCUACUGUCGAAAACUGCGACAUCUAGAUCUCAGCCACAAUACGCUAACUAGCAUCCCGGCUGAAAUUGGCCAGCUCCAGAACUUGCAGUUUUUUGCUGUAACUGCCAACCAUAUUGAAAACCUGCCCCCAGAGCUGUUCCAGUGCAAGAAGCUACGUACCCUCAACUUGGGGAGCAAUGCCCUGCAAUCUCUGCCUUCUAGAGUGGGCGAGCUCACCAACCUGACCCAGAUGGAACUGCGUGGCAACAGACUGGAGUGUUUACCCGUCGAGUUAGGAGAGUGCCACCUCCUGAAACGGAGCGGACUUGUGGUGGAAGAGGACAUAUUUAAUACUCUGCCAUCGGAAGUUAAAGAGAAAUUAACAAGAGCAGACAAGGAACAAGUCUGAGGGAGACUUUAGACACAACAAGGAAGUCCAGAAAAGGUCCCAUGUCAUUGCCAGUCACUGACCUAACAAUUAACAUGAGCAGAAACUACACAGCCUCUCGAAAAGGGCUCCAACUUUAACUCCUUCUCAGAUUUGUACACCAAGAUGUUAUGAUAUGUUGCUGCAGCGAGCAAAACAAUCUGAAUAAUGUUAUCUUUGUUCCUGCCUGUAUUUAAUAUCAUUGCAUAGCCUGUCAUCCUGGUUAUACUAGAGGCAGAGGAAGCCCCUUCCUUUCCUGUUUGUGUACAAACUUCCAUUGCUGGGAUCAAGUCUUCAAUCUCACCCUAAAGCAUGCAUGUAAUUGGCCAGCAAAUGCUGUGAAGGAAAGGGGUAGGGGGUGUGUUUUUGAUUUUUGACAUUUGUUUUUGGAAGUGUCUCAUUUAAGGCACGCUCCUGUCCUGUGCUCCUCCAUACAAUUUACCAGUUAUUAUUUAGAAUCUUACAACAUCACUGUGAUGUCAAUCUUUUCCACAACCUUGCCUUUACAGCUGUCAUAUGCAAAAUAAGUGUGGCUUAGCUGGUCGAGGUGGGCAAGGCUGAGUACAGGAGAUAGAGCCUAAAGGGGAACUCCAGUUAAAAUAGUUUUAGGUUUAAAAUGGAGAAGGUAAACUCAAAUGGGCGGACGGAGUACAAUAUUUAUUUUAGGGGCCACCUUAUGUCUGCUGAGGGGCACACAACUUAAAGCCCAACUCCGGGAAGAAACAAAAAGGAAUUCCUCGCAGUUGGGCUGCAAUGAUUAAUAGCUUGUUUUUUGGGUUUUUGGAAUAAAAGUAUUUAUGCCACAAAACAAAAAAAGUCAAAAGAACAAGUAACAUAAUGGUGUUACAAGAUUACAUUGUAACAGGCCAAAUUCCAAUAUGAAAAUUUGGUUGUCUAUAAAACUUAAGUUGUAAUACAUAGUCAACAAAGGCCAGAAAAUCUGUGAGCCAAGAAGUUGGCGAGUGAUGGCACUAUGAUAAGUUCAGGAGGCUUUAAAUAGCUAGUUUUGUCCAGGCAAGAGGAGAAACAGUUUUCCUUACUUGAUCCUCUGGCUUCCCCAGCAGACAGUUCUCCCCCCAUUAUCUGGCGAUGGACUAUCCCUCAGCGCCCUUACGUUCAGAGCAGUGCUAAGGACCCCGCUUCGGUCUUGAUGACAUCAGGCCCCUAAAGUGCUAGACUGUAGACGAGUGCAGACGCUGUGAGAAUACUUGGCACAGCCCAACGGGAUCUAUAUAUUUUUUUUUUUUUUUAUUUGCUCAAAGUUUAGGCUUCUAAUUCAGAAAAAGAUUAUAAUGCUUUGGUAAUUAACAUUCUAGUAAUCGCAUAGAAAGGGACCAUAAAAUAUUUUAAGAGCCUUAAUGCACUGGAGCACAGCUGACUCCAAAAGACCAUUUAAAGCAUAAAACCAGCUAGGGGCUACAACAAAGGUGUAAGAAGAGAGUCCUAUAUAGCUCAUAGAACACCAGUUUGAUAUGUCUGGUUUAGAAUCUCUGGCGGAUGCAUGCUAUAUUGCCUAUGUCCCCUCGUUUAGAAGCCGUAAGAAAAGGGAAGCCGCUUGAUAGGUUACAAAAGCAGCAGUACAUACCUGACAGAGGCCCAAUCACUUCCCCUCUCUACCAGCAAUAAGGUGUUUCGUCUCUGUCCCUACUAAGAACAUUUUCCUUACUUCCUGUGGCUUGAAGCUGAGACAGGAAAUGAGGGGAUGAUCUCCCCAGUGGGGGCACAGACCGCAGUACACCUCUCCAAAGUUCUUACUCUUCUUCUCACUGUCCAAAAUGUAAAUUUUGGCUGGAAAUUCAUUGCAACAUUGUCCCCCCCAUAAAAGAAAAAGUGCAGUGCAUUUCCCUACUGCCACCUUUUCAGCAUGUUCCUCAGCGUUCGAGGUGGACUCCAAGGUUCCUCUUUUCCUCAUGGUGCUUUUUUGAUAAUUGCUAUUUAUUUACUCGAUUGACACUAAUUAAUUAACUUAUUUUAUUUUUUUAUUAUUUGGCCUUGCAUUCUGAGUAAUACAAACCUUUAUAGCUUUAUUUAACCUGUACCUGCAUCUCCUGUUUUGCCAUUCACUAAUUCCAUGCAAAGUGGAUCACUGUGCCAAAGUGUAGGAAGAAUAUACCAAGUGUGCCCUCUGCGCUACCGUUGCCAGGGUAACCUUGGUGAGGUUCAGUCACAUUGGAGUUGCCUUUUUCCAUUAUAAAAAAUCCUAAAUCGCAAUCUCAUUAUAAAAAUAGCUUUCUCUUUUCUUUUUUUUUCAUUGAAAUAGUAAAACUUUUCAUUGGCACAACCAUUAAGCCUCGCUUGUGAAAUUGGUGUACAGGACUUUUACUAUAAUGUGUCUGGAGCCGCAGCCUCCUACAUUGUGACUCAGGACUUGGCCUGUUCUGCUCAACCACACUCUUCCUUUGGGAGUGGCUCAUCAAUAUCAGGACUGGAACACUUAGCAUGUUUAGUAAUGUGUUUUUUUUUAUCUCCCCUCUGUCCUGCACCAGAUAAAGAGGGAAGGAAAUCGA